AUGACGAAUCCGAAAUCUGUGCCUAAAAAUGUCGAUUCUAAAAACUAUAAUGAUUACAUUCUUCAAUUAAAUCGAUGGUUUCUCAAGCCCAUCGGUGCUUGGCCGCAAACAGACGCGUCAGGCAUUGUCUGGAAGAUCGUUGUGUUAUUACAAAUUUUUAUUUGUGUAACUAUAGUAACGUUUAUAAUGGUACCGUGUAUGUUGUACAUGUUAUUAGAAGAGAACGAUAUCAAGUUAAAAUUGAGCGCGAUGGCACCACUGAUUCACAGAAUUAUGGGCUCGGUAAAUUAUUGGACGUUGCUAACACGCAGCAAUGAUAUUCGCAAUUGUAUAAAACAUAUGGAAACUGAUUGGAAGCUCAUACAAAGGAUCGAAGAUCGGGAUGUGAUGCUGCAACAUGCCAAGUUUGGUCGCUUCAUCGCCGGAAUCUGCGGCGUGAUUAUGCAAGGAGGUACAUUCUUAUUCAGCAUAGCCAAAGCGAUGAAAACUGCAACUAUCGUUGUUGACAACGAGACGUUGACGAUGCAUCCGAUGACGUGUCCGAUUUAUAGCAAGAUCAUCGAUACGAGAUUCAGUCCGGUGAACGAAAUCGCACUGAUUAUACAGUUCCUGUCGACGUUUAUAGUAAGUUCCUCUACUGUCGGUGCUUGCAGUAUGGCUGCUGUCUUCGCGAUGCAUGCUUGCGGUCAACUAAAUGUAUUAUAUACAUGGCUGCACGAACUUGUUGGGAGCCAAAAGGAGAGAAAUCAUAUAACUAACAAUGAGAGAAAAUUAGCUAUUAUAGUGAAACAUCAUUUGAGAGUGUUGAACUUCAUAUCACGUAUAGAAAGUAUUAUGCAUAAAGUCUCUCUUGUGGAGUUGGUGGGAUGCACGAUAAAUAUGUGCUUACUUGGAUAUUAUUGUAUUAUGGCUUGGGAAACGGUCGAUGCAGCAAAAAUAACAUCGUACGUUAUCGUAUAUUUGUCAAUGGGAUUCAAUAUUUUCAUAUUUUGUUAUAUCGGAGAAAUUAUUACAGAGCAGUGCAAGCAUGUCGGAGAAAUGGCAUAUACGACUAACUGGUAUAAACUACAUCACAAAACUUCACGUAAUCUCGUUUUGAUUAUUGCACGAUCGAGUAAUGUAAUCAAGAUCACGGCGGGAAAAUUAUUUCAAUUAUCUAUCGCAACUUUUGGUGACGUAAUUAAAACUUCUGUAGUAUAUUUAAAUCUUUUACGAACGUUGACUAUGUGA